UGGAGAGUACCAUAGUUAAUGCUGGAAAAAUUUUUCUCAGGGUCCCUACAAAUUAUUGCAUUAUGUUAAAUAGGGUAAUUUCUAGAGACCCUGAGAAAAAAUUUUGUAGCGGCAACGCUACUAACUUUUAAUUAUGUUUAUGCUUUAUUUAGAAUAGUAAAACUUAAUUCAUUCAUGUGACAGUUAUUUUAAAAGUCUAAUUAUUUAUAAUUUAAUUUCAUAAAUAUUUUAAAUAGACAUUAUUUUUCUAACCUCUACUGAUGUAUAAUUUAAUUUUUUAUUUUUCCGAUGAGUAACAAAUAAUUUGAAAGAAAUUAGUGAGUUGAUAUUAGUUAUUGAAAAGAAAUGGUAGUGGUAAAAUAAUAAUUACAAACUAUCUUGGAAAUAAAAGUGUAGAGAAUACUUAAACUAGUGGCAUAAAUUUCACAAUUUUGUAAUGUGAUGAAUGGAAAUAGAAUGACUAUAACUUAAAGUUUUAUUACAUGUAAAAAUUUGAAAUUUAUUCAAAAUGCAAGGUUCAAGAAUAGAUAAUAAAUUAUCAUUAAGAGUACUCAAUGCUGAGGAUCUUUAUAAAAAGAGAAUGAAGUAUAUGGAUCAUAGUAUAAAAUUAUUACAAAUAAAAGGAAAAGAAAUUCCUCUGAAUUACAAAGCUGCUAGCUUAGCUUUAAAGUACAUGAAAAAUUAUCAAUUGAAUCUUCAUGAAGCAAUUGAUAAAGUGGCUUUGAUAGAGCCAUUAAAAGAGAUUAUAAAAGUAGAAUUUAUGAUUCAGAAGAACUCAGAGGUUGAAGAUUUGCUGAGAAUAACUUUAAACCAUGAACAAGAAAUAAAUUAUCUUAUUAAAAGGGUAAAAAUUUUGGAAGAUAAUUUAGAUUUGGAUCCAUUUUUAAUAAAAGUUUCAAUAGCCGAAAUGUUAUGGGGUAAAUUAUUCAUUAAAUUUAACUCCUUAGACUCUAUAUAUUUAAAAUAUUACGAAGCAGAUAUUAAAGAAGCAUUUAUAGAAACAACAACAGUUUUCGACAGUGCUGAAGAUUCUUAUAGCUCUAAGUUACCAGUAUAUGUGAGAAUUAAUACAUUAGCAAUUUCACUGGAUAGUAGUAUGAAUGCUUUUUAUAAAGAAGGCUGGAAUUUCUUACCACGUUCGUUAACAUACAUAAAUUUUUUAAAUGAUGUAAGGCAAUUACAAAAAAAUGAAUGUAUUAGGGAUUUCCAUAUAUCUGAACUUUUAGUAUUCCCUCCUGGUACAUCGUUUUAUGAACAUCCUGGAUACUUAGAAGGAAAAUUUUUCAUACAAGAUAAGGGCAGUUGUUUGUCAACUUUUUUACUGAAUCCUAAACCAGGAUCAUGUGUAUUGGACAUGUUUGCUGCACCUGGUUCUACAACAAAUCAUAUUGCUAAUAUGAUGAAGAAUGAAGGAAUUAUUUAUGCAUGUGAUCAUCAUCCUAAUAGACUUAAUAGACUUAAUUCAUUAAUGCAGUUAACAAAUGUUACAUGUGUAGAGCCUAUGAAUAAUGCCUGUUGGGACAUUCGAAUGAAUGACCUUAAUUAUAUCUUACUUGAUGUCCCUUCCACUUAUUCUGGAAUUCAUCAUAAAAAAGAUAUCAAAGGAUUACUUAAUCAAACCAGAUAUUUACGUCACAAAUCAAGUCUUAUGCUAUUACAUGCUCUCCAUAAUUUUCCAAAUGUGAAAAGGGUUGUUUAUACCUCAUGUUCGAUAUUUCCUGAUGAAGGAGAAAAAGUUGUAGCAAAUGCUUUAAAAGAACUUUGCAAUUCAUACACUCUCCUUGAUGUUAAAGAAAUGUUGUGGAAAGAAUGGAUAACCAUAGGAAAUACUGAUACAUAUCAUUUUGGUGAAAAGUGCCUACGUACCAAUCCAGAAUUUGAUCUAUGCCAGGGUUACUUUAUUGCAGUUUUUGAAAGGAAUUAUUCAGUAGCAGUACCACCUUGUCCUAUAAAAAUUAGGACAACUUUCGAAAUUAGUAAUGAAAUACGUCCUAUUAAAAAACCUAAGAAAGCUACAAUUAUUGCUGCUGUUACUGCUAUUACUACUAAGAAAAAGCCGAAAGUAAAAAAAAAACAAAACACAAUUUUGUCUAAAACUAUAACUAAGAAAGCACGUUGGACCAAAACACAAAAGAAAGAGAAAAAAACUACUCUAAUAAUAGCUCCAUCUCAACAGCCUCCUAGUUAGCAUGACCAAGAUAAAGAGACAAAAUUCUCAUUCAAGAUGGUUACACCUACAUCAAAAUUUGUGUAAAAUUCAGAUGUAACUGUGCUAUAACUAUAUUAACUAAUUUUUUUAAAUUGAGGAAUAUUGGUUUAAUUAUAAAGAAUAACAUCUUGUUUUCGAUAUACAUGUAAUGAACA